GGAAAAUAAAAUCUACUCCAACCAAAGGAAAGGCCGGGUGAAAAUCUCCAUUCCUCGCUCCGUCGCUCUCCCGCUCCAGCCCACACCCCGCCUCCCGCGAGCUUCGCACGAAAUCAACAUGGACGGCCAGCGGUGCAACAUGCCCAACUGGCAGAUCCGAGUCCCACCUCCUCCACUCCGUCCUCCUCCUCCUCCUCCUCCUCCCCCUCCUUGUGUCCCUCAAGCUCCACCUCCCCUCCCAUCGACACAAGGGUUGGAAGAUCUGAAAUUUGGGGGAAGUGAGGAGAUCUUGCAAGAAAUAGGAACCGGACGUGGAGCUCGUUUGGAGCUGUUGGAGGAUUCACCAUCAUCAUCGUCGUCUUCUGGUGGGCAUGUCGAUCGCCCUAUGUUGCAUGGCAUCGAUUCGCGUGCCCAUGCAUGGUCACCCGACGAGCCCGUCGCGCCGAGCAUCUCCACUGCUCGGUCUGCUACGCCAGUGAUCGCCGAGUCUCCAGCGGCUCGGCCUUUUUCACCAGCGGCCGCCGAGUCGCCCGUGGCUCGGCCCGUCACGCCGUCUUCGCCCGCAGCUCGGGUCCUCACGUCGCCUUCAUCAGCGGAUCGGCCCGCGACACCGGCCGCGCCACGGCCCACUAUGCCGAGCUCGCCAUCGGCCCGGUCUGGGAUGCCGGAGUCGCCAGCUGCUUCGUCUGCUCUGCCGGUUUCGCCGGUGGGCCGGCCUUCUUCGCCGACUGAGUCCGAGGCUACUGUGCCUGGCUCCUCGUCACCGGCUGACUCAUCAACGUCGCCGUCCUCCAGCCCGUUGCAGGCUGCUCCGUCGACCUUGGUGGUUCCUGUGUCUCGAUCACAUACACGCAGUCGCAGUGGCAUUUUCAAACCUAAGGAACGUACGGAUGGUACGGUUGCUUGGUUGGCUGCUUGUUUGGCUGCUGCUGUUGCGGAUCCAUCUUCUGAGCCUCGCUCAUAUCAGGCUGCCCUGCGCAUUCCACAUUGGUGAGAGGCUAUGGAGCAGGAGUUUCAUGCUCUUCUUCGUAACAAGACAUGGACUCUCGUUCCUCCACCACCACGGGUAAAUGUUAUUGACUCAAAAUGGGUAUUCAAAGUGAAGAAGC